AAUGAACUUGAAGCCCUUAGAUCUAUCUCGAAGGAGAGAUUUAUUAGAGUCCAACACAAUAGAAAAUAUAGAGAAGGCUCUUGAGGAGCAAAAUGCUCCUAAAAUAGCAGAGACUCAGAGAGCUCUUAGCCCAAUUUUACUCUUCAAGUCUCCCCCUCGGAUGAAUAAUCUGCUCACUUUGACACAGAAGGAUCAAUUCAGAAGUACUCAGUAUCUUCGUACGCGCUCACAGGCUUCAAAAGUGAAUUACCAGAAAGUAAUCAUCCAAAAAUUAGAGAAAUCUGAGGCCAUGAAUUCAGAUCUGAAAUUGAAAACAAAAUAGAUAUGAAGACAGAAUCCAGGAGCUUGAGUCUGAAGUCAUAGUUCUAAAGACAAUCAUAUCUGAAGAAUGACUUGAUAAUUACAACUCAAUAAUUAAAGAGAAUGAAAAGCUUAAGUCUGAAAAUAUCAAAAUGAAAGCUUUUCUAGCAGAUUAUGGUCUAAAAUGGCUCAAUAAUGAUAUCCAGAAGGGAGAUUUCAAGGUCCAAGCUUUGCUAGAUGACCUCAACCUCGCCAAGGACGACUUGAUGUACAAUUGGGAUACCAAGACAUUUAAUCUCCUGGAUCUAGAUGCCAUUAUUGAUAAAGUUGAAACCUUAAAUAAUAGAUUUACCAGAGGUUUCAGACAAGUGUCAAAGAAGGAUAAGGAAGAUGGUUCUGAUGUAAUCAAACUCAAGUUCUACAAGAAUGGGUUUAAAGUAGGAACUCUGAAGUACUUCAGUUAUACUUCCAAAGAGGCGCAUAGCUUACUUAGAGAUAUUAUCAACGGAUACCUUCCGACUUUCUUAAAGAACAUUUAUCCUGAAGGGACACUUAUGACAGUAGUGAAUAAAAAUUCUGAAGACGACAUUGAGAAAGAAAUGGAGAUGGAAAGGGAAAAGAAGAAAAAGGAAAUAGAAGCAAAAAGAGCAGAGAGAAAAUAAAAUAGAAAUGGAGAAGAAAGCCAAAGAAGAAGCCAAGGCCAAAGCUAGAAGAACCAUAAAAGUUCCUACCCCAUUUGAGAACCUUAUUAAGGUAUCUAAAAGUGCAGCCAAGAAAGUGACUGUUUUAAAGAUACGAACUGUCACUUUGAAGACUCAACUGGUAAUCAAAUUAUCAAAGACAGAGAAAGUUAAAGCUAUUUUUGACCUUGUUGAUAAAUACAGAGAUGAUAAUUCUGAAGAAGAAUAUGAGCUACAUACUGUCUUUCCCAUCACAGAGUUCAGAAGGACGGAUCCUAGAACACUUGAAGAGCUUGGUUUAUACCCUGAAAGAGCACUGUCAAUGCAUUAUGUGUAGAAUUCCAGUAGUUCUUUUGAAUUCUAAAUUCAUAUAAUUAGCAUCCAAAUUCA